UCACAUGGUGGCAUGCAGCCUAUGAGCAGCCAACCAGCCCUUUGAUGUGACAGCCAUAUAUUCGGCAGCCAUUGAUAAACACAGGCAUUUCUGGGACUUGUAGCUCAGAGAGCAGACUGCGUGUUACUGACAAUCACAAUACAGAUCUUAUUCUUCACAGCAGCGAAUCCAUUCACAUCAAGCCUGCAUCACUGCAGACAGGCAGGGACAGUGCAGAGUGUGAGAGAGCACACUUACUGCUGGUGCAACCUUUUUGGGGCGUAUUAUGCGCAAAUAAGUGAAAUAUAUACUCACUCAGCAGUUCUACUUUUUUACUGAGGGGGCAGUCAGCUCUAUCAUUUGUUGGCCAUAUAUCCUCUAUUACACAGGGAGAUGUAUGUCUGACGAACAAGGAUUUGGCAUUGUGUUAAAACAAUGUGAUCAACUGACAAACAAGUAAACGCUGGCCCUAUCAUUGUUACUGGCCUGUUUGGCCAAUAAGCUACCUGUGUAACAGAGCCAUAGGGUUGCCCUGAGUAGGCUUCUUUCAUUUUUGAAAAGGCCUCUGAAAAUGACAGAAGCGAUCUGAUUGGUUGCUAUGGGCAACUCAGCAACUAUUCUUCUGGACAGGUUUUCAUAAAUCUCCCCCGUAAGGUAUAAGGAAAAAGUAAUCAUUAGAGCUACUUUCUCAAACUUAAUAAUCAUACACCACAACUUUUUCAGUUGGUACGCGCUCCCUCGUAGCUCCGGUAUCAGGGCACUCUGUCUAUGGCCAGUGACACUGCUUUUCCCUGAGCUGCAGUUCGCGGUGUCUACAACCUUGGAACCUGAAAGUGCCACUCGCCAAUUACAGGCCAUCGCGGGACACCACCGCAGCCAGUGAUUGGCUGAAUGGUGCUGUGAUGUCAUGUCUACAGCCUACAGCUCCAGUCAGCUCCAGGGAGCAGACUACAAGGGAGCGGAUGAAACACACAAUAGGAUUGCACAAGUAUGGCCUUGGAAAAUUGCCAGGGGAGUGGCAAGGUGCUUAUAUAUAAAGGUGCAGCUGCACGGCUUAUGCCAAAAACCAUCAGGCUCCAGGAAACAAGCUUUGUACCAUCUGUGCUUACUCUGCAGGUCUAGAAGUUGUUAAAGAUGGACAUAUGUGCUGCAAACAACAAGUUUGCUAUUGAUGUUUUAAAAGAGAUAUAUGGAAGUGCUGUAGGCCAAAAUAUUGUUUUUGCUCCUCUAAGCAUAAUAACUGCACUUUCAAUGGUAUAUCUAGGAGCUAGAGGGAACACUGCUGCACAGAUGGGCAAGGUGCUGCGUUUUAGUGAUGUCAAGGAAGUCCAUUCCAACUGCAAAAAUCUUAUGCGUGAACUAGUAAGCAAUGAAGGCGAUUACAUUCUGAUGAAUGUCAACAGGCUAUUUGGGGAAAAAACUGUUCAAUUCCUUCCAACGUUUUUGAAUUCCACAAAGAAUUUAUAUGAUGCUGGUUUGGAACAACUAGAUUUUUUGAAUGACCCAGAAACAUCAAGGAAAUACAUUAAUGACUGGAUUGCUCAUCAGACAAAAGGUAAAAUUCAAAAAUUGUUACCUGAUCAGUCAAUUUCUACAAGCACAACAUUAGUGCUUGCAAAUACAUUAUAUUUUGCUGCAAACUGGACAAAACCAUUUAAUCAAAUGAAGACAUUCAAGGCUCCCUUCACAAGAAUAUCGAAUGAAAACGUAAUGGUAAAUAUGAUGCAUAUCACCAGUUACUUCAAUGUAAAAUACAUUGAGAACCCUGGCAUAAAAGUGCUGGAGCUUCCAUAUGGUGUAUCACAAGACUUCAGCAUGUUCAUAAUUCUUCCUGAUAAUAAUGCUGUAUUCGAACAGGUAAAACAAGGCAUUUCCUUAGAAAAAUCAAACACAUGGACGAGCAAUUUAGAAAUGAAGAAUGUAGCAGUACAUCUGCCAAAGUUCAGGAUAGAGAAAAGCUCCUCCAUGAAAAACAUUCUUUCAUCUUUGGGAAUUUCGGAUGCUUUCAGUCAGACUAAGGCAAAUUUCACCGGGAUGGCGGUCCAGAAUGAUAUGUAUGUGUCUGAGAUUUAUCACCAGACUUUCCUGGAGAUUAAUGAAAAAGGAACUGAGGCUGCCAGUACUACAGCAUCUGUCAUGUCUGUUCGCAGUUUUCCUGGUGAAGAAGUAAAGGGAGAUCACCCCUUCUUCUAUUUCAUAAAACACAAGAAAUCCAACUGUAUAUUGCUCUGUGGAAUUUUAUAUGACCCCUAACAAAAUAAACAUGUGUAUGACAUUAUUACUUGUAAAACUUGGCCAGUACAUAUAAAAUGUAUUCUGUGAUGUAUAUAAUUUAUUCAUUUUCUACUUAAUUGCUGGAA